AUGUCGUGCGGGGGCGAAAUUACGGCGGUGGACCGAGCGCCGGAAGGCGCUGGGGCGAACGGCGCGUACGGCGACGCGGCGAACCUGUACAAGCACAUUGCGCGCGACCAGGUCUUUGGCCUGAAUCUGGAUCCGCCGGAAUCCGCCAAAGAGGCCAUCAAGCCGUGGAGCGAGCGCAACUCGACUGAAGUGUGGGUCGAGAGUGGCGUCGAUGACCAGAUGAUCAUUACAGUGCCCUUUACCUGUCCUGUGCGCCUACAGAGCAUUCUAUUGAACCCCGGCACGGGUGAUUUUGCGCCGCGCCGAUGCACCGUGUUUGUCAACCGGCCCCAUGGGAUCGACUUUGAGCAGGCGGCUGCCGAGAUGGACGAGCGGCCCGGCACACGCCUCGGCGCAGCAAACACGGCGCGGCCACAGGCCGACUUUGCGCUGCUCGAGCACACGCCCGGCGUCACGGCGUACCCCGUGAGCGUCUCGCGCUUUUCGCAGACGCAGAGCGUGAGCCUGCUGCUGUCCGACUCGCCGACGCAGCACACCUCGCGCGUCUUCUACAUUGGUUUUGUGGGAAAAGCACUCGAGCUGCGUCAAGAUACCGUGUACAAACACGACGUGGCUGCAGAAAACGCCUCGUCGCACGCCGUCGACGGUGUGGCAGACAAGUACGGGGCAUCAAGUACGCCGAGUGUGCGGUAG